GAUCCGUGUCUUGAUAAAUACUGCGGUGCCGGAAGGAAAUGCCGACUCUCGCCUGACGGAGGUGUUGCUUUGUGUGUCUGCAUUAAAAAAUGCGGGAUACGACACAGGCCUGUUUGCGGAAGCGACGGAAAAGUUUAUGCAAAUCACUGUGAACUACAUCGGGCUGCUUGUAAUAAGGGAACUCCGCUCACCGUUAGCAGAUUGAUGAGAUGCUUACAUCAAGAGGAUCACCGAGAAACUCCGAAGGCUCUCCCCGUAGGUGAAGCUACUGCUCCAACACUGGGGCUCAAAAAUGGGAUUAAUCAUCCGGAGGAUGUUAGAGAUAAUCUCGUGGAUAUUGAUGCCAAUGAUCUUAAUGAUUGUUCUGCUCAAGAAUAUGAGAUAAUGAAGGACAACCUCCUGCUAUAUAAUCAUGCCCGACUGAUGACUCAAGACAAUCAUAGCAAAGAAUAUUUAGUUAGCAUAAUGUUCUCCCAUUAUGAUCAAAAUAAUAAUGGUAAUUUGGAGCGCGAGGAACUGGAACAGAUUGCCGAACGUGAGGACUUGGAGCAGCUGAGCAAGGGAUGCUCUCUGGGACAUAUGAUCAGUUAUGACGAUGCCGAUAAAGACGGACGACUUAACAUCAAUGAAUUUUACAUGGCUUUUAGCAAGCUUUAUAGUGUGUCGGUUGUUUCUCUCGACAAAUCGCUGGAGAUCAAUCACAUUUCAGCACGCGUUGGUGAUAACGUCGAGAUAAAAUGUGAUGUUACAGGCACGCCACCUCCACCCCUAGUUUGGAGGCGUAACGAAGCUGACCUGGAAGCACUAUCGGAACCUGAAAUACGCGUGUUUAACGAUGGUAGCUUGUAUCUGACUCGCGUCCAAUUACUUCAUGCUGGAAAUUAUACUUGCCAUGCUUUAAGGAACAAGGACGUUGUUCAAACUCAUGUAUUGACAGUACACACGAUACCAGAGGUACGAGUGACACCGAGAUUGCAAUCAAAACGUCCGGGCGAGGAAGCAAUGAUGUCUUGUCACGUCGUCGGGGAGCCGUUACCACGAGUCGAGUGGCUGAAAAACGACGAAUCGCUUCACGAGGAAGACAAGUACGAGGUUGUUGGCAACGGGACAAAACUUAUCGUCAGAAAUAUUGGAUACGCUGACACUGGGGCUUAUAUGUGUCAGGCUACGAGCAUCGGCGGACUGACCCGCGAUAUCAGCAGCCUAGUUAUUCAGGAGCAGCCAACCCCAACAGCGGCUAAUGAAGAGCGGAGGUUCUUUUCAUUCCACGAAUGGGGCAUAUCUGUUUACGAGCCGUCUGCUUGUCGACUUUAUCAUCAAAUUCAUUCCACGGAUAUCAUCCCCGGGACACAGGAAUAUGUUUGCGGAGAAAAGGAUAUACCCUGCAGCUGGGGCCGCGCUAUCAACGUUGCUAAUCGUUAUGUAUACGUUACACAGCCUGAGAAAGAUAGAAUUUUAGUUAUCAGCAAAAUUCAGAUGGUCGUUGUUGAUGUUGUAGCUACAGAUAAAUAUCCAGUGGAGUUGCAGUAUGUGCCGGCAUUAGAUCAAGUUUGGGUAUUGAAUUGGCGGAGCGAGCGUAACAUCGGUAUAAAAACAAUCCAAGUAAUCAGAGACGCCGCGCAAAAAAGAAAACACCAUACAGUACACCCGGAACCUAUUGACGGGCAGUUUGAUUUAGUACGCGGUCUCUACAUUCCCUAUCUACAGGAUAUCGGGCACAUGUUUAAAUACGGAUACGUCACUCACACUAAUCAACGGGGCAUGUACAAGCUUGAUCUAGCAAACAUGCGGUACACCAGAAGCGCCGAUCUCGCACCAUACAAUUGCGUGCCCGCCCACAUUCAAUUUCCAGCCUUGUAUGGAUUCGUAAUAUUACAAUGCGAGGAACCAAUUACUGGUAAAGCAACCGGGCAACUUUUAUUAGAUUACUUGACGGAUACGGUUUUGUCUCACAAACCCGGGCUUAUUGGGAAACCUAUGGUAUCACCGGAUUCACGUCACGUUGUCACGUUGGACAAACAAGCCAGUGGAGUUAUACUUGUUGUCCAAGAAAUACUACCAAAUGGAUUAAAGUUUUCGUUUGACGUUAAAACAACAUUAAAUAUUAGUGAUAUUACAUUUUAUCCAUCGCAAACAACUCAUGGAUAUGAUUUAUACGCUUCCUCGACAGAUAAAGAAGACAUAUUGUUUCUUAAUUUAGCUACAGGUAAAGUAGAAAUGAUAACAGGCGUUGGAAAAGCGAUGCCAAUGAAUUUAACCAAAUGGGGAAAUCCGAACAGGCCAAUUGUCCAAAGUGGUAUAUUUGGACGUUAUAUGGUGAGUCCAUCGAACGAAGCUCUCUUUGUAUUGAAUGGAGAAACGCGAACGGUUAAUUGUGAAAUCGGUGGUCUUGUACAUCCGGGUCAAGUUGUGUGGUUUACAGUAGCUCUUCAUUAG